AUGAGCUCGAUGCCAGAUGGCUGUAAUCUGCCCAAAAGCAUCAUUCACGAACCCUCUGUCAACCCAAUUCCAUACCCAAAUGGACUUUUCACACCAACCAACGACGCUGGGAUCAAAUGCCCCUCACAAAAGGAUGAAGCUGAGCCACAGCCCGCCGGAAAAUUCAAGCUCGUCACCUGGGAAGAUCAAAAUGAUACAGAAAAUCCCCAAAAUUGGCCAAGAAAUACAAAGCUGCUCCGCUCUUCCGCCCCUCUAGCAAUCAUCUUCUCCAUAGCAUUCGCUUCCUCCAUUUUCGGCGCCGCAUCCAACGUCACGGCCAACGAAUAUGCCGUCUCGCAAGAAUUAAUGAGCCUAGGCGUAGCCCUCUUCAUCGCCGGCUUCGCUCUCGGCCCGCUACUCUGGGCACCACUAGCCGAAGUAAUUGGCAGUGCACCGGUGCUCGCAUUGGCUCUUACUGGCUGCGCGAUUUUCCAGAUUCCCCUCGCUCUUGCCACUAACGUAACCACCAUUCUGGUAUCUCGCUUCCUAGCCGGGCUGAUGGGUGCAGGGGGGCUAGCCGUUGGCUCGGGCGUGUUGGCGGAUAUCUUUGGGCCGAUAGCCCGUGGCGUGGCAGUUGGCACAUCGGCGAGUAUAAUGAACCUAGGCUCUAUUCUAGGGCCGAUCGCAGGAGCCUACCUCGUUGAUAGAAGUGGAUGGCGAUGGACGGCGUGGUUGACACUCAUCUUAUGCGGAGGGGCAGGGAUUAUUUCGAUUUUCUUCUUGCGAGAGUCUUCACAUAACCGAAUCUUGAGAUGGCGGGCUGCCAGAUUGCGUACGGAAACGGGAGACGAGAGGCACCGAGCUAGUGCUGAAAUGGUGUCACUUGAGCCCAGAGUUCUGCUACGAAGAUACUGUAGUAAGCCCGUUCGGAUGUUUGUGCAGGAGCCGAUCUUGAUUGUGAUGACGGUGUAUUUGACGCUUGUGUAUGGGUCAUUGUAUCUGUCGUAUCAGCUUUUCCCCCGUGCCUUUGAGCAGCGAGGGUGGGCUACGCCUGUUGCGUAUCUGCCGUUUAUCUCAGUAGGAUUGGGGCUGAUGAGUGCUUUGGGGAUUUUCUCUUUGUUCACGAUGACUUGGUAUAAGAAGCGAUGGGUUGCAGCGCAAAAAGAAUUCCAGCAGCAGCUCACGGUACCAGAAGAUACGGGUGGUAGCUUGGUGUCUUCUCGCAUUGCACCUGAAGAUCGGUUACCACCUAUGAUCCUUGGAGCAGUGCUUCUUCCACCGUCUCUUCUCUGGUUUGGCUGGUCAGGUAAUACCCAUUGGGCUUCACAGGUAAUUUCCUGCUUCUUUAUUGGCAUGUCGCUGCAGAUCAUCUUCAUUUCAGGCAUUGUAUACAUUGUGGAUGUAUAUUUCUUGAACACAGUAUCGGCGAUCUCAAUCCAUGUGGUGGUUCGUAGCUUGGUCUCUGCUACCUUCCCGCUGUUUGAGGGACCCAUGUAUGACUCGUUGCAUAUCAAUUACUCUGCAACCCUACUAGCUGCAUUAUCUGCAGUGAUUAUGGUUUCGCCGAUUCUACUUAGAAUCUAUGGGUCUCGUAUUCGAGCCUGGAGUCGGUUCUCGAGUUAG